GUAGUCGGCGCAAAACGAAUUGUCAUCACAAUUUUCGAUUCUUAAUUGAAAUUAGCGGAAAAUCACAUAAUAUUUUAAAAUAUUUCAAGAAAAAUGUUGACUCUAGUUCAAAAACCAGCCGAGCCAGAACCGCUGAAAACGAUCGAAAGCUCAAUCGAAGAUCGUUUGAAGGAUGAGAAUUUCAGUUGGAUGAAGCCGAUCGUGAGAGAUCUCUACAAAAUCCCGAACGAGCAGAAAAAUCUGUCACCAGAGCAGCUGCAGGAGCUCUACACGAAUGGUGGAGUGAUGAAAGUCUACCCAUUCAGAGAGGAGUCCACGGUGAAGAUUCCGCCGCCAGUGAACUCGUUCGAGCAAGCUUUUGGCAGCAAUGCUUCAAUUAUGGGAGAAAUCCGUAAGAACGGCUUCGAAAAGCCAUCACCAAUCCAAUCACAAAUGUGGCCACUGCUUCUCUCCGGACAGGAUUGCAUUGGAGUCUCUCAGACCGGAUCAGGAAAAACGCUGGCGUUUCUUCUUCCCGCACUGCUUCACAUUGAUGCACAACUUGCUCAGUAUGAGAAGAACGACGAGGAGCAGAAGCCCUCGCCAUUCGUCUUGGUUCUCAGUCCAACUCGCGAGCUGGCUCAGCAGAUCGAAGGAGAGGUGAAGAAGUACAGUUAUAAUGGAUAUAAGAGCGUUUGCCUGUAUGGAGGAGGAUCCAGACCGGAGCAAGUCGAGGCUUGUAGAGGAGGAGUUGAAAUUGUUAUCGCCACUCCAGGACGUCUCACGGAUCUUUCCAAUGAUGGAGUCAUCUCACUCGCAUCCGUCACAUAUGUGGUUCUUGACGAGGCCGAUAGAAUGCUGGAUAUGGGCUUCGAAGUAGCUAUUCGUCGCAUUCUAUUUGAAAUCCGUCCUGAUCGGCUCGUCGCAUUGACCAGUGCUACCUGGCCAGAAGGUGUCAGAAAGCUUACUGAUAAAUACACAAAGGAGGCCGUGAUGGCUGUAAAUGGAAGUCUGGAUUUGACUUCAUGCAAAAGUGUCACCCAAUUCUUCGAAUUCGUGCCACACGACAGCCGAUUCCUCCGUGUCUGCGAAAUCGUCAAUUUCUUGACAGCAGCUCACGGUCAAAACUACAAAAUGAUCAUCUUUGUGAAAUCAAAGGUGAUGGCAGAUCAUUUAUCGUCGGAUUUCUGCAUGAAAGGAAUCAAUUCGCAAGGACUUCACGGUGGAAGAUCUCAAUCUGAUCGCGAAAUGUCGCUGAAUAUGCUGCGAUCUGGAGAAGUUCAAAUUCUGGUUGCCACCGAUUUGGCCAGCAGAGGAAUCGAUGUGCCGGACAUUACUCACGUUCUCAACUACGAUUUCCCAAUGGAUAUCGAGGAAUAUGUGCAUCGUGUCGGCCGAACCGGACGAGCUGGCCGCAAGGGAGAAGCCAUGAGCUUCCUUUGGUGGAAUGAUCGCUCAAACUUCGAGGGAUUGAUCCAGAUUUUGGAAAAAUCUGAACAAGAGGUGCCGGAUCAGCUGAGACGGGACGCCGAGAAAUAUCGUCUGAAGUGUCAAAGCGGCCGUGAUGGCCCACGUCCCAGCUUCCGCAACAACAAGAACAAGAACUCGAACUUCCAAGCAUCCUAUUAACUCGUUUUAAAAUUCCAUGCAUGUACCUUUAAAUUCGUUGUUUUCCCCCGGUACUUUUUUAUUUAUCUGUUUCAUUCAUCUCGUGUUGAUUUUUUUAGUGAAUAAAUUCACAAAAAGUUUUAAAAUU